AUGGAAACCCAAAACCAUGCUAAGCUAUGCAAUAGAAAUCAGUUUGGUAUCGAUUCGCUUUCCAAGAAGAUCAACAAUAUUUUAUUAUUAGACAUCUACCAUAACAGAGAAAAUAGUACGAGGACAAGAUGCUCACAGGAUGGAGACUCGCCCUGUCAAAAUUAUUUUUCAUACCCCAAAGCCAUCACACAGAUGGUUAAGAAGACAGUGGCGGUAGAAGGUGAUGCGCACUUCGAUCCGAAUGCAUGUCCGGAUUUGAAUGUCGUAUCAAAUAGUAGUGUAACCGUCCUUCAAAGCUACACGUAUAAAAGACAAAACAACGAUAUGGUAAAAUUUGAAUGGAGUGAAGCAACACAAGGAUUGAUUCUUAGUGCAUUCUAUUAUGGUUAUGUCAUAACGCACGUCCCUGGCGGAAUUCUCGCAGAACGUUUUGGUGGAAAAUGGGUGCUUGCUCUUGGUUUACUGUCCACUGCAUUAUGUACAAUAGCAACGCCUGUUAUUGUCAAAAUAGGUGGAGCAACUGCUUUGUUUACACUUAGAGUUAUUGAGGGCCUCGGGGAGGGUCCUACAAUGCCGGCACUAAUGACUAUGAUUUCAAGAUGGUCUCCGAAAGAGGAACGAGCUCGUAUGGGAGCUAUUGUGUUCGGAGGCGCACAAAUUGGUAACAUUGCCGGAUCGUAUAUUUCUGGUCUCAUAAUGCACGAAGGCAGUUGGGAAAAUGUGUUUUACAUGUUUGGAGGUUUAGGCAUUGUAUGGUUUAUACUGUGGAUAUUGCUUUGCUUCAGUACACCAAAUUCACAUCCAUAUAUAUCAGACAGUGAAAAGGAAUUUUUAAAUAAAAACGUUGAUUCCUUGAUACACAGUAAAAAACAAAAUUUGGACCCUGUACCAUGGAAGGCAUUAUUAAGAUCAGUUCCUCUAUGGUCUCUCAUCAUAGCCGCUAUUGGACACGAUUGGGGUUACUUUACAAUGGUCACAGAUUUACCAAAGUACAUGACUGAUGUCCUUAAAUUCAAUGUUAAGUCUGCCGGUCUGCUAUCUGCUGUUCCGUAUUUGGCGAUGUGGAUCGCUUCAUUCUUCUUUGGACUCCUUUGCGACUUCUGUGUAAAGAAAGGCUAUCAUAAUAUUAAAAAUGCUAGAAAAAUUUAUACCACAAUUGCCGCUACUGGGCCAGGAAUUUGCAUUAUCUUAGCUUCCUACUCCGGCUGUGAUACUACACUAGCCGUUUUCUGGUUUAUUUUUGCAAUGACACUUAUGGGAGCGUACUACAGCGGUAUGAAGAUCAAUGCUCUCGAUAUUACCCCUAAUUACGCCGGAACUACCACAGCAUUAGUGAAUGGUAUUGCUGCCGUCUCUGGAAUUAUAUCACCGUAUUUGAUUGGUCUUCUAACUCCAGACUCAACACUCAAACAAUGGCGGAUUGCAUUCUGGGUUUGCUUAGUAAUAUUAGUAGUCACAAACAUUAUAUACAUUAUCUUUGCUAAAGGCGAACAAUUAUGGUGGGAUGACGUUAAGAAACAUGGGUACCCAGCAGGCUGGAAACACGGACCAUUGCCAACUAAAUCAAAAGACUCAGAAAAUGAAAAAUCUAGUGAAAAUUCGAACAAACAGUGA